UCAACCCAAAUCCUAUUCCAAUUCCUCCAUUACUUUCUCUUCUUCUUCUUCCUCUUUUUCAAGCAAAUCUUAUUCUAAUGGAGCUUCUCACCCAGCCACACCUUCAACUUUCAGACUCUGAGGAUGCCCAAACGACAGCGAUCCUAAUCCCAGAACUUGACAAAGAGUUGAAAAUUUCAAAUUCUGAGUCUAAAACUACAACCCCACAUGAGAAAACAGAAGAAAAACAAAGGAUUUUUGUUUCUGAAAAGGUAUCCAAGGUGCCAAAAAGCCCUAGAGAGCUGAUUGUGCAGUGUGAAACUCCAACUCCAAACGAGAAAACAGAGGAAAAAGAGAGGAUUUUGGUCCCAAAAAAUGGGUCAAUGGAUCGAUCCAAGGUGCCAAAAAGCCCUGCAAAGGUGAAUUUGGAGUGUAAAACUCCGAUACAAAGAGUGAAAAUGGGAGGUAUUGAGUUACCUAAAAAUGGUACUCCUAAUCGCCUCAAACUCCCCGUCGCAUUCAAAUAUCCGGAGAGGUAUAAAAGUCCCACUGAUAUGAUGAUUUCUCCCAUCAGCAAAGGCCUUCUUGCCAGAACAAGGAAAGGAGCGGUUCCUUCCAAGAUGCAUGAGUUGAGAAAUUCAGAGAUGAGCCUUCUAUCUCAGAGCUGAACAAGAUAAAUGGCUAUAAAAAAAAAAAAAAAAACUUCACGGAUUCUAUUCGUUUUCAUCUUCAAGAAUUUGCUCCACUCAAGCUGUGAUGCAAAAAUCUACCGAGCUUCUUUUUAGAAGAAGAACAUUAUUCUAUUUCCAUCCACUUUUAUCUCCUCAUUACUUUGUUUAACGUUUCUUUCAAUCUGCUCUUGUGAAUUAUUAUGUCAUAUAAUAUUGUGGGUUAGUGGGUUAAUUUUUCCCCUCUCAA